AGGGGCAUGGAGGAGCUGCGGAGCUCCUACAGCCGGCUGUGCAGGGAGAGUGGGGCCGAGCCCCAGGAGGCCGUGCUGCAGCAACUGCACGAGCUGCCGCGGGGUCGGCUGGACCUGGCCACGCAGAGCCUGACCCCAGACACCUGCAGGGCCCUGGGCAAGCUGCUGCAGAAGGAGGUGCACCUGACGGACCUGGUCCUGAGCGACUGCAUGCUGAGCGAGGAAGGGGCCACACUACUGCUCCAUGGUCUAUGUGCCAACACUGUCCUGCGGUUUCUGGAUCUGAAGGGCAACAACCUUCAGGCCACAGGCGCCAAGGCUCUGGGGAAACUCCUCCGACAGAAUAAGUCCAUUCAGAGCCUCACCCUGGAGUGGAACAACCUGGGCGCGUGGGAAGAUGCCUUCACCACCUUCUGCCGGGCCCUGGCAGGCAACGUCGCCCUGCGGCAGCUGGACCUGCGCAACAACCAGAUCAGCCACCGGGGCGCGGAGGAGCUGGCCCUGGCCCUGAAGAGCAACGCCAGCCUCCAGCAGCUGGACCUGCGCUGGAAUAACAUCGGCCUCCUGGGCGGCCGGGCCCUGGUGAACUGUCUCCCCAGCAACAGAACCCUGUGGAGGUUGGAGCUGGCUGGGAACAAUGUCCCCAGUGACAUCCUCAGAGCCGUGGAGCAAGCCAUGGACCACAACCAGGACCGGGAGGCCACCCUCCGGGAGAACCAGGCCCGGGCUCGCGUGCUCAGCAAGGAGGUGCGGCACCUGCGGGAAGAGAAGUCCAAGCAGUUUCUGGACUUGAUGGAGACCAUCGAUAAGCAGCGAGAGGAGAUGGCCAGGAGCAGCAGGGCAUCGGCAGCACGUAUGGGUCAGCUUCAGGAAGCCCUGGAUGAGAGGCACUCCAUCAUCAAUGCCCUCAGAGCCAAGCUGCAGAUGACCGAGGCUGCCCUGGCUCUGUCAGAGCAGAAGACCCACGACCUGGGGGAGCUCCUGGCCACCGCGGAGCAGGAGCAGCGGAGCCUGGCGCAGAGGCAGGCCAAGGAGCACCGGCUGGCGCAGCAGGAAGCUGCAGAGCGGGAGUCUAAACUGCUCAGAGACUUGUCUGCUGCCAACGAAAAGAAUCUGCUUCUGCAAAACCAGGUGGAUGAGCUGGAGCGGAAGGCGAAGUCACAGCAGGACCAGCUGUUCCUGACCAGGCAGGAGCUGAUCAACACGUCGGCCGAGCUGAAGAUGCGGGCUGUCCAGGCGGAGGAGCACCUGGAACUGGAGAAGAGACGGUCUCGGCAGAGCCUGGAGGACUUGGAGCAUCUGCGUGUCAAGGAGGUGGAACACAUGACUCGCCACCUGGAGGAGAGCGAGAGGGCCAUGCAGGAGAGGGUCCAGCGGCUGGAAGCGGUGAGGCUGUCCCUGGAGGAGGAGCUGAGCCGAGCGAAGGCAGCAGCACUCAGCGAGCGCAGCCAGGCCGAGGAGGAGCUCAUCAAGGCCAAGAACCAAGUCCGCCUGGAGGAGCAACAGCGCCUGGCUCACCUGGAGGAGAAGCUGCGGCUGCUGGCACAGGCGCGGGAUGAGGCGCAGAGCACCUGCCUGCAGCAGAAGCAGGUGGUGGCCGAGGCCCAGGCACGGGCCAGCCAGCUGGGGCUGCAGGUGGAGGGCCUGAGGCGGCGCCUGGAGGAGCUGCAGCAGGAGUUGAGUAACAAGGACCAAGAAAAGGUGGCUGAGGUGUCCAGGGUGCGGGUUGAGCUCCAGGAGCAGAAUGGCCGCCUGCAGGCAGAGCUGACGGCCCAGGAAGCAUUAAAGGAGAAGGUGGCAGCCCUAGAGCGCCAGCUGAAAGUGAUGGCGAGUGACCACCGGGAGGCGCUGCUGGACAGGGAGAGUGAGACUGCCUCUCUCCGGGAGAAGCUGCGGCUCAAGGAGGCAGAGAUAGCUCGGAUCCGGGAUGAGGAGGCCCAGAGGGCCAGCUUUCUGCAAAAUGCUGUCCUGGCUUACGUGCAGGGGUCCCCCCUGAGGGCCCUGAGCCCCCAAAAGUGAGGGGAAGUAGAGAGACUCCAGGAGUGGCAGGAAGGUGGCUCUCAAGGGACAGGCUGCUGGGGUCUGGGUGUGCUUGGGCAAGGUGUAGGGCUGGUGACUUGAAAAAGCAGUGCCAAGGUGGGUUGGCCAGUGGCCACUGCAGCUCACCACCCCUCCACCCGGGUGCAGUGUCUGAUUGGCGAAGAGGGCUGGAGUGGCCAGUGCCCUUUCCCCACUCCUUUGUCCCACCCCAGACACUGAUGCCCCUGAGAAAAUGUACCGGUGACGGAAGGAAAUUUCGGGGAGCAGAGCCUGACCUCUUCCAGCCCUCCCAGUAUUCACAGUCACCUUUUACAAUGUAACCAUGGAUGCAGCAGGUGUUCACAACCACCUUUUACAAUGUAACCAUGGAUGCAGCAGGUGUUCACAACCACCUUUUACAAUGUAACCAUGGAUGCAGCAGGUGUUCACAACCACCUUUUACAAUGUAACCAUGGAUGCAGCAGGUGUUGACUGCUCAC